UCGCGGUAAAUGCUGUCAAAAAAAUUGACAAACUUUCAUAAAUAAGUAUAAAAAUUCAAGUGUAAUUAAUGAAUUUAUCUAAAUUAUUCAAUUGUUUUACCCACAUUGUCACGUAGAAGUGAAUAAGUGUUAUAGUUUUAGUGAAGUUUUCGAGGUUUAAAGAAAAUCAAUCAUGUAACACACAGAGAAAAAAAUUUGGUUGUGUCCAAAAUCGCUCCUUUUGGGUACGGAGCGAGGCGAAACAGACCCCACGAUGACUUCAAUUGAAUAUGAUUUAGAUACUUCUGGGGGCCUCAUGGAUCAAAUCCAAGCCCUUAUUGCGCCCCCACAAUCUGAAGAAGUCAAAACGAGAAAACCGUCAACUGAACAUCCGUACUUUAAGCGACCUGGUAAAGGGCAUAACCACGACAGUUGUGAUGCAUGUGGUGAAGGAGGAGAUUUGAUUUGUUGUGACAAGUGUCCUUCAAGUUUUCACUUGCAGUGCCAUGACCCCCCUUUAGAAGAAAAAGAUAUUCCGACAGGAGAAUGGUUGUGCCACAGUUGUAAAUACACGAAAAGUAACAAUGCACCACAAACUAGGAAUAAGCGAUCGGCAUCGACUCCAGCAGGAAAAACAGCCCCCAAAAAAAUUAAACUGAGUCCUAUGGAUUUGUUGAUUCAAGCUGCCAAUUCGAUGAAUCCGAAACAAUUUGACUUACCGAGGAGUAUGAGCGUUCCUUGUAUUUUCCCAGGGACUGAUAAAGUGGAAGCUCCCUACUCCCGCAAUGGUCGCAGGAAUUUAAAAAUUCACAAAGACCAUGAAAAAAAACAAGACACCACUAUUCUUCUGCCAGCGAAAAAGUGUAACGAAUGCCGGAAAUCGUGCCGAAUAGCCCCUUUAAUUUCAUGUGAUUUUUGCCCCUUAUUUUUUCAUAUGGAUUGUCUCGAUCCGCCAUUAACGUCGCCGCCUAGCGGACGCUGGAUGUGUCCAAAUCACGUCGAGCACUAUCUUGAUUCUAAAUUACUUACGUCGAUAUCAGCAACGGAACGAAUUAAAUUGUGGGAUAAGUUCAGUGGACCUGUCGAUCAAGAUGCCGUCAGGUUAGAAUUUUUUAGAAAAAUCCAUUGUAAAAAUCCCCCCUUUCGAAUAAAAGUCAAGUUACCACCCAGAAAUAGAGUGAAAGUACCAACGAUGGUUAAGUAUCAUUACCAGAAACCUGUACAGCUUUUGCCUAGUUUAAAGGAUGUACUAAGAUUAGAGUAUGUUUUGAAUAGGGAAAAAAUUAAUGGUGAAGUGGAUGUGUUAAAAAUCGAGGAAAGCAAUCAAGUACAAAGUGAGAGUAGUAGUUUGUGUAAUGGUUCUGAAGACCAGAUUUGUGAUAAAAGUAGCUCAGAUGAUAAUACUCAAAGAGAAGAGGAUGUAGAUGAAGGGUGUAAAGAGGAUUUUAUGCAUAGAAAUGGCUGUAUUAAAAGUGAGGUGGUAAAUGGCGCCACAAUUGAUCAAAAAGACAAUAAUUUUUUGCCAGAUGUUGUAUCCGACAUAACAAGUGAAGUUGAACUCGAACUAAAACAGCUCGACGAACGCCUCCUCAAGCUACUAGCAUAUCAGCGCAUUCAGCACAUCCUGAACCAAUCGCCGCAUAAUUCAAACAACUUGAACCUGUACAUUUCAUCGACCCUUCAGAACAAAUUACGCCACAUGCCUAUGCCAAGCGAACUUCUGACACCAGCAGACAUCGAAAGAAUAUCGCGCGUGUUUUCAAGCCCCAAAAAAAAGAAUAAACCGAAGUCGUCGUUACGAGCGCGAGCCAUGAUGUGCCCUGUGGUUUCACCCCAUUUCUACAACGUCCGAACGUCAGAAGUGAGUCCUAAUGAUGUGCGGCACGACGAUAGUUUUUUGGGGUUCAGACCAACUGUAUCUGCUCGAUAUCCGGAAGCCGUGGCGAUGAGGUACAGGAUUUUGAAUGUGGGGAAAGGGUCGAGUAAUGAUGUGGAUUUGGAGAGGUUUGGGCACUGCAAUAAUAUAUCAGCGAGACAUGCGAUUAUUUUUUAUGAUGAGUUUACGAAAAACUUCGAACUAAUCAAUUACUCGUCGCAUGGAACUUUUGUGAAUAACGUGUUAUUUUCGAACGAUGCAAACACCGAAAGACCAAAACAAAGUGAUGGAAAAAUAGUUCCGUUGGAGGUGCAAGUGAGAGAAAUCAUCGAUAGGAGGCGAAAGGUAGUGAGGCAGAGGAAAGGUUCCUUCGAAGCGAAAAUGACAGCUGUGGACAGCAUGGAUACCAUGGAAUGCUGUUGCAGCAACGUCGGCGAAUCGUCGAGAAUCGGUUGGGAAGGUUCAGCUAUCUUGAACCAUGGAAGCUUGUUGAGGUUCGGUUGCGUCUCCUUUGUCUUUUCAAUUGUAGAUUGUGCCGCGUAAUGUAAAUGUGAGAUGGCAUAAAAUUAUUUUUCGGUA